CGAGCGUGAGCGGCUGUUUUGGGUGUGGGUGCCCGCGUGAAGACCGACGCGACCAACAGCCGCUGAAACGUGCAGGCGGGACUGGCCUGUCAAAGCCUCGAGGACGCGUGGAGAGAAGGGUGAGCGUGGGUCGACGAGACAACUGGGCAGUUUUGAGCGGUUUUCCGGAGAGAAAGCAGCCCCACACGAACUUGCGCGUGAGCGUCUUGAGCGUCCGCCAGAACAAAGUGCUUGACAGUGAGUUGGUCGCCUGCGAAGACUCGUCUUGCGACACGGCGGAUAAGCGUUGACGCUGGUCCCGCUACUUAUUUGUUUAGAAAAGAACGGAGUUCUCUCGAGAAAUACGGUGCGCGGAUGCUGCUUCUUGGUGCUCGGAAUUGUCUGACACUCGUCUCAGAGGGCUCAUCGCCGACACGCCGUUCAAGCUUUGGUAGCGUGUUCCUGCUUCGCCGAUAAUCGGGAACGCAGGGCAUCAGUCGACACCCGGCCCGCGUUCCGUUUUUUGCGCUACCAGUGUGGUAGUGAUUGAACAUUCUCCUCGGCGGAAUUGUGUGACUGCCGUUGCCCUCUGGAGCUCCUUGGUUUUGACGCGUGACGAAUUCCCCGGCUUGUUUGCGUAAACCAAGAUGACACCACCGCGUCGCAGAACAGGAAGCUGCGAUGAGUACGAACUGCUGUUGGAAGACGACCACCCAGACCGUGAGGGGGGCGGUGGGCGGUCUCACUCCCUGUCCGAGCCCGGCAUACGGGCGCACAUCAACAGCGCCUUCAGCAUGGCCGAGGAAGGCUACGGUGCCAUCGACCGCGACGAUGACCACCCGCACGAGCCAACGCUGUCGGGCUCGGCGGUCGUCGUGCCCUGGUGGAUCAUGGAGGACGGCAAGUGGCUACCCUCCGGAUCAUUAAUGACCGCACAUUGUCCCGUGUGCGUGCAGGAAAACGGCAUCCCCGGCAACAACAACUUGGAUUGCUCGAAACCCCGCAUUCGCAUCCACCGGCAGGCCAUGAACCAAGAGGAGCUGGUCAAGAACUACGGCAACGACAGCUUGGACGCCUCCCUCGCCCAGAAGGUGAAACGCAAGUUUCUCAGCUCCUGCACCUGCACACCCCUGAGCCUGCUGUACUCGCUGCUGCCCGUGCUACAGUGGCUACCGCGAUACCGUGUGCGCGAACUUCUGGCCAAGGACGUGAUGGCCGGCUUCACGGUCAGCAUCAUGCACAUACCGCAAGGGCUUGCGUACGGCGUGCUUGCCGCUGCUGGAGCCAUCAACGGUCUGUACGUGUCUGCCUUCCCGGCUAUCAUCUACUUCUUCAUGGGGACCUCGAGGCACGUCUCAGUCGGCACGUUCGCCGUCGUGAGCCUUCUGUCGGCGUCGGCCGUCGUUGAAAUGAAUGCCGUCAUACCUGGGGAGAACACCGAAGCGACGGCCUCGAACGCGACGCAAGCCGGUGUCUCGGUCAAAACUCCCGGUCUGGACUUCAUCGGCGACGAAGUUCCUCCGACGAACAUGGAAGUCCUAGGUGCUCUGGCUGUGGUUGUCGGCGUAGUGCAGCUGCUGAUGGGCAUGCUCCACCUGGGCAUCCUGUCCAUCUUCAUGUCCGAGCCCAUGGUGUCCGGCUUCACGACGGGCGCAGCCGUCCAGGUCGUGGUGUCCCAGACCAAGGGGCUCUUCGACAUCCGCGUGCGUCGUUACAGCGGAAUAUUCCAGUGCGUCUACGUGAUCCGCGACGUGAUCCAGAACCUGCACCAGACCAACCUGGUCACCCUCGCCCUAUCGCUGACGACCAUGGUGGUGUGCGCUGUGGUGCACGAGUGUGUCAACGCCCGCUACAAGGCCAAGCUCAAGAUGCCCGUACCUAUCGACCUUCUUGUGAUAAUUGCCGCUACAGCAAUCAGUUAUUUCUUCGAGUUCAAUGCGGCGUACGGAGUACGAGUUAUAGGAUUUGUACCUACGGGGUUCCCCACGCCUUCGGUGCCUCGCGCCGAUCUCAUGGUGAAGCUUUUCCUUAACGGAUUCGUGAUCGCCAUCGUUUCCUUCACCAUCGCCCUGUCCAUGGCCAAGCUUUUCGCCAAGAGACAUCACUACCAGAUAGACCCCAACCAGGAGCUGAACGCGCUAGGCGCGGCGAACGUGAUCACGGCCUUCCUGGGCUGUUACCCCUGUGCCGUGUCCCUGUCGCGGAGCUCUGUUCAAGAGAAAGCUGGCGGUCAGACGCAGAUUUCAGCGUUGAUAGCGUCGGGUAUUCUUAUCAUCGUCAUGGUGGCGGCUGGCCCGCUCUUCAGGACACUGCCGAACUGCAUCUUAUCUGCAGUCAUCAUAGUAGCCCUUAAAGGGAUGUUGUUUCAAGUUAAAGACUGCGUCAACACGUGGAAGGUGUCACGACUGGACGCACUCACCUGGAUCAUCACGUUCAUGUCCGUCGUUUUACUUGAUAUCGACAUCGGCAUCGCCGCAGGCAUCGGCUUCUCGGUCGUCACCGUCAUUCUACGAACGCUGGUGCCUUACGUUUCUUUCCUGGGAAACGUUCCUGACACGGACAUCUACUUGGACGUUAAACGAUAUCAAAAGGCUCAUGAGAUUCCGCGCGUCAAGAUCUUCCACUUCAGCUCGGCGCUGUACUUCGCCAACAGGGACGUGUUCAAGAACAGUCUCAUGGAAGCCAUCAUCGGCAACAGCGAUGAAACGCGCAGUCUUCUCGAAGACCAAGGCAAAUACAACGCUGCCGAUGAAGGAUCCAUAGCGGCUGUCAUCCUGGAUUGCUCAGCUUGCGUCUACAUCGACUCCUCGGGAAUCGAAACGCUAAAGGAGAUUUUGAAAGAGCUUAGAGACUCGCAAGUCGUCGUCUACUUCGCGUGUUGUUCAGUGCCUACGUACAAGAUGCUACUACGCUCUGACAUCCUGGAGAUGUUCACCACGCCCAUCGUGUUCCCGACCAUCCACGAUGCAGUGCUGCACCUACCGGCUACCAUCAGGCCGCCCUCCCAGUGACCAUCAUGUGAAUCGAUCGAUCUAGAGGGCCGAAGCCAAAAGCCAUCAUAGUGGCCAAGCGCUGCAGUGACAUACAGCUGGCCCAGCGCUGUCUGGCGGCCGCUUCAGCCCAAGCGCUUUGCGAGAGGGCGCCGAGAGAUAAUGUGCCAUAGGACAAAGAUGCUGCGUGGGGAAAUAUUGGACUGCCAGCGAAGCCGACAGAGAAAACAUCAUACCACGCCAGGGAUAGGCUGAGGAGAGAACCCUCUCCAGGCCGCAAUGCGCUAAGCCACAGUAGCUCUCGUUCCUUUAUUUUUAUAUCACCGCUGCUCGGCAGCCCAACUCCAAAAGAUGAGCUUUCGAAAAGCAACGUUUGCAUGUUGGUGCAUGUGGUGUGGAGCGAGACGUGCUUCUUUCGACCGUUUCCUACGGAAAUCGCAGCACUCCAAUGUGGGGUGUGUCCAAUGCAACUGGAAAAACACACAAAGAAAGGAACUAUUUUUCGUGGCUUCAACAUGCAGCAGUGAGGCAACAUUUUCGAUGCAGGCGCUAGUCUGCAUGAUCAAUAUUUCGGGCGUCAUUGCGUUAAUCUCUUCAUUUAUUAAUGUCCAGGUAUAGUCAGUCUGGUCCGUCGUUUCAGCAAGCCCCCAAGUAACCAGCUCAGCUCGAAUAUUGUCUUUCUUUUUUGUUGUGUGUGUGUCACAUUUGAAAGUAGCAUACUUAGCCCAAGUAGUGGUAUCGUUGGUGCUCGGACAUUGAGGUUGGAUGGCGUUGCACAUGCUACAACAACAUGUGCACUUGCACUCGCGUUUUUUUUUUUUUUGCGUUGUGUAACUUGAGCACCAGAUGCUUUCUUAAGUGUUUGGUUCGGCGCGGGCUUUGCCCCGCGCACUGAAAUAUUUUAUUCUCAAUUUUUGUGACAGUUCUAUAUGUAUAUUCUCGUGCACACACGAUUAGUGUGAUGGCCCAAAGGAAUGCUGCUUAUUUCACGUUGCGUACGGGUGCGCUAUUCUCAUUGUCCAAGAACGCCAACACAGAUAGCUAGGUCUGUGCAAAGGACCAAUAUAUAAAUGUGUUGCAUUUAGGGUGUAGUCUAGCAUGAGUAAUAGAAGUCUUCAGCACUGGAUGGGAAACGCUUGUAUGGGACAGUCUGCUCACAUGGGAAGCCCAAGAAUAGUGUUGUGCUUUGUAUCUUGUUUGUGUUAUGAAACCGGUUAUGCACACAAGUGAGAAAGAAAAAGAAAUAAGUGAAAUGCAAGGUAGCAUCACAAAUCGAAGCAGCCAAUAUGAACUUGGCUGUUGUAUGUGUGGUAUGUUCCUAGGAGGCAGCAUGCACAAGAACAUUGUGAUGUGUGAACAUUGUGGCAGCUUUAAUGCAGACCCAUCGGUCGAUUGUGCUCAACCGAAUGUGAUAAGGGUGUAACGGUUAGCACUGCUGAUAAAACUUGCGAAGGGAAGCUUCUGGAAAGGUGCGUGCAGGUUAUGCAGUCAUUAACAGUGAAGACUGCUGAAAACGAGGACAGUGACUGUUAGAAAUGUUCCACUUUGCAAGCGAGCCGCUGAAUGUACCUUGAGGGCCUCGACGCACGAGCGACGUUUUUAAGAACGUUGUUCAAUGGUGCUGCUAGCAUAGUUACUCCGAGCGUUCACCCGGCGCUCACCGUGAGCGCUUGUUUAGACAACAAAAGUCAUAGAAAACAAAUACACCUCCUUAUAUAUGGCAUGUCCACCAUUUUUAGAAAUGGUGAACGACAUUCAAGCAGUUUAAUGUGCAUAAAUAUUUGAUUGUCUACACGAAGAAAAGCCAUCACUUUUCUGGGAGCUGACGGCAGAGGCCUACAACACGUGUGAUUGUAAGAGGAGAGAUUGCACCGAUAUAACGCGUUACAUGCUUGCCUAUACGUUUUCGUAUUCCAAUUCAUAAAGAAAGCGCCGCUAUUCCGCGGCGAAGAGUUUAUAGUUUUUUGAUGUUUACUACCAGAAAUCGCCCUAUAAGGUGGUUUCACCAAAGAAGCAAGCACGUCCGGACGUGCAAGCGGAUAAUGUUUCCGACAAAUAGUGAGACGGUACUCUUAAGUCUGGUGCUUUUUCUAUGUUUUUCGACGUUUGUGCAAAAUGUUACCAUGCGCGUGUAUUUGGACACUUGUGAUCGUUCCUUUCAAACAGUUAUUGUCUCAUCUUCAUCGGUUCUUUCGUGAUAUUCAAUUUUACCUCGACAUCGAAGCGCCAUUUUAUUCUCUUAUGAUGCAAAGCUCUCGGGAGUGUUUCCACUUGAGCGAAGCGUCGUUUUAUGUAUUUUUAUGAUGUAAACAGGUCAUUGGUGCUUGCGCACCACUAAAAGCAAGAUAUAUUCUUUUUAUGCUUUUAACGCAUAUCAUUUCAGUACUAUUUGUGCGCGUGAUACGGUUCGCAGUACAGACUGUGAUAAGUUAACGAUACUGUUGCAGCCAAGAACGUUGUGGCAAUGCGUUCUUGACAAGUCGACAGCUGUAGAGUAGGCACCGAAGCCUCACCAUUCAGCAGUGGCAUGGCCAACACCAAUGCAUGCCGACUUCUAUAGUGUUGUCCCAUUUCCAGACUUCUGCGCUUGUGCAUUUUCAAUUUUUGAGCACGUAGCUCUGCCAUCCGAGUGAUGCGAUGUCCACAACUUUUAGAUGUUAAAGCAUGUUUCUUCUUUCUUCAUGGAACUUCUGUGCGGGUAGAAACAACAGUCCUCACUAUUGCUGUUAGCAUGCGCAUCUUCAUGUUUCGAAAGCGAAGGUCAUCAUUGUCUUAUAGUGUGCGAUGUUUUUGUUGUUACAAUUGUCAUUGUCAUUAUUAUCUGUACUCUCCUGAUAUGUGCUGCCUGAAGCCACGAAGUGCCACGUCGGUUCAGACCGAAACACAGCGGCUGCGUUUCGCUAGACGCUCUGCUCGGGUGUGAUGGUGACAGACGAGAGACCGAUCCAAAAUGUCGAGACCUAUUUUGUACUUGUGUAAAUAUAUGCGCGUUUAAGUGUUAUAUAUUAGUAUAUAGGUUUAUAUUGCAAUAAUUUGUAUAUGCAGACAUAUGUUCUAUAAAAAGAAA